AUGUCUUGCUGUGCCUUGAAUCUGAGCCACGUGUCUUCUCUCUCCCCAGCAGACCCGCCCGUGGCUGCAGCUGUGGUGUCCCAUUUUAAUGACUGCCCAGAUUCCCACCGUCAGUUCUGCUUCCAUGGAACCUGCAGGUUUUUGGUGCAGGAGGAGAAGCCCGCGUGUGUCUGCCACUCUGGGUACGUCGGUGCACGCUGUGAACACGCAGACCUCCUGGCCGUGGUGGCUGCCAGCCAGAAGAAGCAGGCCAUCACUGCCUUGGUGGUGGUCUCCAUUGUGGCCCUGGCUGUCCUCAUCAUCACGUGUGUGCUGAUACACUGCUGCGAGGUCCGAAAACACUGCGAGUGGUGCCGGGCGCUCGUCUGCCGGCAUGAGAAGCCCAGCGCCCUCCUGAAGGGACGGACUGCUUGCUGCCACUCAGAAACAGUGGUCUGAAGAGCCCAGAGGAGGAGUUCUGCCAGGUGGCCUGCAGCAGCCAGAGGGAAAAAGGACUUUUUGAGUUCGGCACAGCCAGGGCUACCAGGCGUGGGUCAGCAGGCCCUUCCUUCUCCGCCUGCCAUCGCCUGUGCAGGCUUUUUGUCUUAUGUGGGCCUUCCUUCAAAAUUCUGUCCAGAACUCUGUCUGCUUGGGGUUAUCCGAUGCCACCUGGAGAAGAAAUCGGUGGACCACAGUUUAAAGACUGGUCAGAAAUGAAUGGCAUGGGGUGGACCUCCUAUUUACCUAAUGACCUAUGUGCUUCGUCAUCUGCAUCCAGGUGUGUGUAGGUGUGUUCUGCCAGUUACGGAUACCAGACCUGUCUCCCCACAAGUCUCCAUCGUGCCUGACACUGGAGUUCCUAUAAUUGUUACAGUUUUUUUCUUAUCUGCUUAUUGGGGAAAAUGGUGAAAAAUAGCAUCACUGCUUUUUGCUACAUGAAGACACCAGUGGAGGAGGAGCCAUACCAGUCCUCUGUCAUGAAACCCUCAACCAGCCCAGUGUCUUCCAUGGACACAUGAUGCUGAAGACCUUCCUGAGCUGUCACCAUCCUCAGAGAUAAUUUAUUUAUUAGAUGGAUGAUGAUUUUAUUUUAAUCUCUUAAGUCAGUGUAAAACGCGUAAAAGCCUUUCAGACAUCUACAUCAAUGAUCCAUGUAUUGCUGGCCAAAAAACUAGACUGAUUAGAAAUGUCUGGUCUCUUUGGGACAGAUAAAACUUGGUGGGCAGGGGGAGAGCACCAAGAUGGGUGGAGAUGGAAGCAAGGAGGAGUUACUGAUGGGAGCAAAGCUUGGGGUUCAGAGGUCAUGCCAUUUAAGACACAAAACUGGUAAAUGCCCCAGGAUACAUUCCUGCUGGAAAAUUAGCAGAUCUUACAGUGGAGACCUGGCACCUUACUGAGGAAGAGAAAGAGAGUCUGUGUGUGUAUCUACAAGGAGGAAACACAGCAGUGACUACACCGCUCUUAUUAGACCUAUUAACCUUCUGGUGGGCUGUCCGAGAAUCUGUUUAGACAUAGAACUUUAGCAGAGAGCAGCAGGCAUCUGGGGUUGCACCCAUGAAAGGGGACCAGUCACUUAUUUUCCACGUUGUUACUUGGUUGAUUUGUUGCAUUAUUUUGAAAAGGACAAGUUGAACUUUCCUAUUUAUUUUUAAGCAUUAGGAGAAAUAUUCCAGUGAUUUUAUUUUUCUUUUCCAUUCAGGAUGCUAGAUUUUUGUUUUUUGUUUUAAAACAAAAACUCUUAAGAAGCUGCCUCCAUCAUGUGAGUCUUGCUUUUCCCUCAGAGAAGGAGAAACUGUUCUCCUGGGUACUUUCCAACCCAGUGGGCCUGCUUGUGGGAAACCCCGGUUCACUCCAACUUCAUGGUGGAGCUCAUCCCUAGGAAUUGUUAUGAAAAUUUGGAAACAGGGAAACAAUGAAAUAAUUUGUAAACUCCUUAUGCAAGGGAACUCUUAUUCACUAAUAUUUGAAAAAUGGGAGAUCACUACCUAUUAACCCUUCAGUGCCUCUAGCUCCUCACUUUAUGAAAGGGACUUUUAAAAUAUGUCAAGUGAGCUUGAAAUUCCUCCCAGGUCAUUUUGUCCUCCUGGAAUUCUUCUGCCCAGUAUGUCCAUUUCAAUGCACUUUCUCUGUUGAGAAAAUUAUAUGACCUGUGUCGCAAUUCUGGCACUUGUAUUGAAUGACGCUGUACCCAAAGCACCGAGAUUAGAAAUGGGAUCUGUUCGCCAGCAGUGUAACUGACAUAGCUCCUAGGGUCUAGUCAUGAGAGAAUAUAUGCUUAAGUUUGCAUUCCUUACACAGGUCCUACAGCAGUGGAUCUGAGGGCUGGGGCUUCACCCCUGGAGACCGAUGCAGUUGACACUGGUUUGUGGACCCCAGUUUGCCCUCCCUUUUUUCAUCAGACUCUCCUGAAAGUCUGAUUCCGGUGUAGAGAGACUAAUGAAAGUGGAGUGGCAUCACUGGUUUUUAACUUGAAAUCACAUUUUUACUUUAGAACAAUCUUUCCUCAGUCUUUUAGAGACUGUUUGAGGUCUGGUUGCCUUUCAAGAGAAAGAACUGAUAUUGAGAAUGUCUUGUGGGGUUUUCUCCAUCUACUGGAUGGAAGGAUCAGUGUCCAGUCUGUAGGCACCUGAGAGCCUCUGCAGAAGGGUGAGGAGGUGAGAACCAAGAACCUCCCUGAUUUCCUGUGGGGACUUCACACUUAGGGUCUGUGAAUGCUCCAGUCACAGCUGCUGGUGCCCCUCCACCCUUCCAGUGCUGAUACAGCCUUGCAGCACACGGGCUCAGGUGUGUGCCACCCUGGGAGAGUUGCAGGCGGAGGCUGGGGUCAAGGCAUGCCCGGGUGGACCUUU